CUGCUCCAGUCUGUGCGAGCCCCAUUUUAGGAGCCGGGGAUAAAGUCACAAAAUCCUUUGUGAUUCUGAGGAAGACCGUAAUCCGACAAUACAAUAAACCCCAUUUAAUCUAAUUUGGAUAAACCUGUUUAUCUGGACCUCUUUUGAAGGCUGUGUUCUACUGACCCUUCGCAGCAAUGAACUACACAGAUUUCUCCGCCGCUAUGGAUUUUUCGGACAGCAUCAACUCCAGUGACCUAAACAACAGCUGCCUUUCUGGAGACUGCAUUAUCCUGGAGUCUUUAUCAUGCACCACUACUUUAAACAAGAGCGCUCUAUUAUAUACUCUUGCCAUUGCCUACAUCUUCAUCUUUGUAAUGGGACUUCUGGCCAAUUCUGUUGUAAUUUGGCUCAAUAUUCAGUCCAAGACUACCGGCUAUGAGACUCACCUGUACAUUUUUAAUUUGGCUGUGGCUGACCUCUGUGUUCUUCUAACUCUACCAGUCUGGGUAGUGUCAUUAGUGCAGCAUAACCAGUGGCCAAUGGGUGAGAUGACUUGCAAGAUUACCCAUCUGAUCUUUAGCAUUAAUCUUUACAGCAGCAUUUUCUUUCUCACAUGUAUGAGUGUUGAUCGCUACUUAUCAGUGUCGAUGCGCGGAGCUGUCGGUAAACGCAGAAGGAGGAUAUUACGCAGAAUGGUUUGUGUACUUGUCUGGCUCAUUGCAUUUGUGGUCUCACUUCCAGACACCUACUAUUUAAAAACAGUAUCUUCCCCAGACACCAAUGAGACCUUCUGCCGCUCCAUGUACCCAGAGGAAUCUGUCAAUGAGUGGCUGCUGGGAAUGGAAAUUCUUUCCAUUGUGUUGGGUUUUGUCAUACCUUUUCCAGUUAUUGCAGUCUUUUACUGCAUGCUGGCUUGGACUCUGUCAUCAUCCUCUUCCUCCUCCUCCUUAACUUCAGCAGGAGACCAAGAAAGAAGAAUCAGUGGAAGGCUAAUUGUUUCUUAUGUUGUUGUAUUUGUGAUUUGUUGGUUGCCAUACCAUGUUAUGGUAUUGUUGGAUGUCUUGACUUUUGUCCAGGUCCUGCCAUUAACCUGCGCAUUUGAUAACUUCCUGUAUGCAGGACUUCACAUCACACAGUGCUACUCACUCCUUCAUUGUUGCAUCAAUCCAAUCUUGUACAGUUUCAUCCACAGGAACUACCGCUAUGAAAUCAUGAAGGCCUUCAUAUUCCGUUACUCUUCAAAGACUGGGCUUACCAAGCUAAUUGACUCUUCUAAAGUCUCUGAAGCAGAAUAUUCCACUGUCGACCAAACCCCAAAGUGAGACAUGAGAAAAAUGUAACUAGCUAAUUCUCUCUCUUACUACAGCACAGACUGAGGUAUCUGGGACCAAAGUGGCUCAUUCACAUUCCUGCCAGGGCUGGCAGAAGCAAGAAGAGUCCAUUGCCCAUGACUACAGCUUAAUUAAUAUAGCUGGCAGUUCACCAGGAUACACUUCCAUUACCAAGAGAGCACAAGAAAACUAAAGACAAAGGAGCAAUAAUGACUGACUAGGGAACUCCUUGUCCAUCUCCAAGCAUCCGCCACUGAACUGUUCUGUGAAUAGGGACAUAAAUGGCGCUUAAGAGCACUGACAUGUGGUCCUGUCUCCCUUGCCUUUCUUAUAAAAAGUGCACUGCAUGUUUAUGAUUU